AUGUCUACGUCCUCAUCACAUGAUUUUAUUUCCACAAUUCUUACUAAACCAAACAAAACAUCGAAUGAUCUACAUGAAAUAAUUAAUAAAUGGCGUGAUGAUUUAAUGAAAAAUGAAGAAUAUCUUCUUCAAUAUGCUUAUCAAUUAAGUCAAAAGCAAGAAUCACUCAAUAAAACAACGGAAUCAUUUAUUGAAGCUCAAAAUUUACUUGGAAACAUCGAAGAUAAUUUAGAACAAUUUCAAUUAUCUACUGAAGCUCUACACAAAUAUAAUAAUGAAUUAGAAAAUAACAUUGAACAAUUGAAUAAUGACAGUAAAACUCGUCUACCAAACAUAUUAUCCAAUAUGAAAACAGAACAAGAUCGUCCAAUGGUCAACGAUCUUAUGGAAUCAGUUGAUAAUCAGUUAAAUGAACUCGUCGAAACAACGAAACAACUCUAUGGAUCACUUCAAAUAGGCACAGAUAGUUCGAUUGUAAAGACAAUAGAUGACUUACAAACAUGUUUUCGUGAUAUUGAUAGCAUUCAAGAAACUAUGAAACAGAUUAAAUUAUAA